AUGGGGAUGUUGACAGAAAGGAGAGGUUGGAGAAAAGGAAAAAACUACAAUUUUCUAAUGUCAGGAAUAGAAAUUUUUGUGACCGAAAUCGAUGACUUGCUUGAACAAAUUAUUAUUAUGGUUUCUGAGUAUCAGAAGAAGAAAAUAUCAUGUCCUACAACUACUACUAUGCAUCCAAAUGCUGUUGCAAGCAAAUCAUCUUACCAAGAAGGGUUUCAUGCCAGAGAGAAAGCAUGUGUAACUUUACUGGGAACUGACUUGACAAAUAAUAGUGAGACUGAGAGCCCUGCUAUAUCACAAGGAAGUUCCCUCCAGGUUGAACCUCUUCAAUAUGAUUUUGAAUCUGAUGACAUACAAGAUUUCGUAGUAAUUGGAAAUGAUUAUGAAACUCUACCAACAAAAGAACAGGAAAUUAUUGCAACACCUACAGGAAAAAAAAAUCAACCAGAAACAGUUAUAAAAAGAAAGUCUUCGGCUCAGGCAAAUAUAAUGGCUCCAAAGCGCAGAAAAUGCAAUUCAUAUUUGAAACAAGAUACUGUGAAAUAUUUGGAAAAAAAAAGUGAAAAACAAUAUGAAUUGAAAUAUAAAGAACUUGGACUUCAAGAAAGAAAACAGUUAUUAGAAGAAAAUGAGUUUGAAAUGGAUAGGAUCGAAAGACAGAAAAGGUUAGAAAUCGAAGAAAGAAGGCUGGAAAUGGAAGAAAAAAGGUGGAAAGUUGAGAUGGAUCUCUUUGCUAACCAGCAAGAAUUGAUCAAGAUAUUAUUCAAUAAGAAUAAGUAA